GUGUUAUGCUUCCUGCCCCUUUCGCCGUCGUUAGCCUGUUUCGGUGGGGAAGUUUCUACGGGCGGCGGAUGAAGAGGUGACAGCGGGGCUGAGAUAAUACCUUGGCACCUCACUAAUUACUAUGAGUCUACUACAUAGUAACACCUUCUUUGAAACCAGUGAUCAAGAAAGUGGCUGCUGUGCAGCCAUGGCCAGCACCUGCAGUUCUGGAGCCAAAGAGGAGAGUGUUGUUGGCAAUGUCAGCAAUGGCACUGGUGGAACACUUUCAAACUCUUUCAUAGAAGAUAUUCAGGGCUACGAUGUGGAGUUUGACCCCCCACUGGAAAGUAAAUAUGAAUGUCCUGUCUGUUUAAUGGCUCUUCGAGAAGCAGUACAAACACCAUGUGGACACCGUUUCUGCAAAGCUUGCAUUGUCAAAUCCAUAAGAGAUGCUGGUCAGAAAUGUCCAAUAGACAAUGAAAUCUUACUAGAAAAUCAGCUGUUCCCUGACAACUUUGCCAAGCGUGAAAUUCUCUCAUUGAGAGUGAAAUGUUCUAACAAGGGCUGUGAUCAGAAGAUGGAACUCAGGCAACUAGAGGAUCAUCAGCUGCAUUGUGGCUUUGCUUCAGAGGAAUGUCCCCAAUGCCAAGGCUAUUUCCAAAAGAAUCAGCUACAGGAUCAUGUAAUGCUAGAAUGUCCAAGGCGGCAAGUCACUUGUCCAAAUUGUGUCAUAAGUAUGGCAUAUGAAGAUAAAGAGCUUCAUGAUCAGAAGUGCCCCUUGGCAAAUGUUUUCUGUGAAUACUGCAACACGGAGCUAAUCAGAGAGCAGUUGCUUAAUCACUAUGACAACGACUGCCCUACUGCUCCAAUACCAUGUACUUAUAGUGACUUUGGAUGUCCAGAAAAAAUGCAGAGGAAUGAGUUGGCACACCAUAUGCAGGAGUUCACUCAGGUUCACAUGAGAAUGAUGGCUAAGACUCUUCGGAGUGUCAGUGUUGCUGCCCCAUCUCCCAUGUCUUUCCUUGGAGGAUUACCUUUUGAUCCAUCACUUUUCCCUCAAGCCUUGCCAGCCCAAUGUGAAUGUAGCCCUGAAAUCCAGAACUUCAAGGAGACUAUUCAGCAACUGGAAGGUCGCUUGGUAAGACAAGAUCACCAAAUCCGGGAAUUGAUUGCUAAGAUGGAGACACAGAACACGCACAUGGGGAAUCUCAAGCGCACCAUUCGAAAUCUGGAAGAAAAAAUUACUGAAAUGGAAGCACAGCAGUGUAAUGGUAUUUUCAUCUGGAAGAUUGAAAACUUCAGUAUAUAUCUAAAAGCCCAAGAAGAAGAGAGGCCGGUUGUGAUCCAUAGCCCAGGUUUCUACACCGGGAAACCUGGUUAUAAGCUUUGUUUACGGUUGCAUAUCCAGCUGCCAAAUGCUCAGCGCUGUGCUAACUAUAUUUCCCUUUUUGUUCACACUAUGCAAGGAGAAUAUGACAGUUACUUGCCUUGGCCGUUCCAAGGCACCAUACGACUUUCCAUUCUGGAUCAGUCAGAAGGUUCUCCAAGACACAACAAUGAAGAAGUAAUGGAUACCAAACCUGAGCUCUUAGCUUUCCAGCGGCCAACGGCCCAUCGCAGUGCAAAGGGCUUUGGAUAUGUGACUUUCAUGCAUCUGCAGUCACUAAAACAAAGAACCUAUGUGAAAGAUGAUACUCUCUUGGUACGCUGUGAGGUUGUGACACGCUUAGACUUAACCAGUCUUCGAAGAGAGGGUUUUCAGCCUCGUAGUACUGAUGGGACUGCAUAGUCUGUUGUGCCUUCAGGCUGAACAUUUGCUUUUUAGAGGGAAAACUGCAGGUAGAUGAAAGGAUUUGUGAGAAUCACAGAGCUUUGAAAGCAGAACCAAAACAGCCAUUCUGAGAGGACUGUGUGGUUUUCAGGGAAUGGAAAGUAUUUUCUAGUAGAAAAUAAAAGUAUCAAAAUUAGUGUGCAUCAUCUUGGUUUUAAUAGGUAAGGUGAAUAACUUAUGGCUACAUUACCAAAAGCAGACAGUUGUUAACAAGUAUGCAUUAAAAUAUACCGUUUCUAGUGGUGGUAAGAAUGGUAAAAUCGUACUUUUUAUGUAUUAUGUGUGCUGUAGCAAGGCCUACAGGUCUUAAACCUUCACCUUGUGUGUCCACCAGAGCCUUAUAGAAGAGAUGAAUUAUUUGAGUACUUAAGGUGGCAGUGUUUUUUUAGAAGAGACUACAUUUUGAGCUGGACCAGUUACUAAAUAAACCUUCAGAGUGUUAUAGCAGAAAGCCCAUGUACAUCUUUACAAGCUUCAGCAGGAAAGUUAGGGCCUUUCGUGCCUUGCAUCUUUCUGCAAACCUGAAACAAGUUUAAGUUUUUAUUGAUAGGUUUCACUUGACUAAUUUCCUUACUAGAAAUUAAAGUAUCGAGAAACCAUUCUUAACAGCUCCUAGUCUGAUAGUAUGUAUGGAAGACUUAUAUAUCUAAAAGUUUAUGACAAUACUGUUCCAGAAAACCUUAAUGACUCAAUGAGUCAUUAAUUUACUGCUUCAUUGCAGUAAUGUCAGAUGAAAUAUCUGGAUAUGCUUGCGUCUACCCAUUUGCCAUUCCACACAUCCCUGUCAUUUUUGUUAUUCUAGUCUAUGAUAUCUUUUGUCCAGUUGUAUUUUUGCAUUUGUGGGGAUGGUUUCAGCCACAACAGCUCCCAUUUGAAUUAAGGUAUCAUUAAGUAGAUGCAGAAGGCAAAUGAAGUGUUGAAUUUUCCUCUCUCCUGAUACAUAAGUUGUACCCACAUCCACAACGUCUUCGGUUCAGUUGCCUGGAGAUUGCAAAAUGUGUCUUUGGUCUUAAAGUUCUCAGUGGAUGUCUAUCCACGCUAUCAUAUUUGGCAUCCUUUUGAUCUGACUAGGGCCAAGGAGUUUGCCCUAAAAAUGAAUACUUUGGUAAAAGAAGUCGUUCUGUCCAUAGUUCUCAACUUUUUACAGUUACCAGUCUGUGAAGCUGCUAACUUGGUGCAUAAUUCAAUAAUCAGUGAUAACUAGCCUGGAGAUGAUGUGAAGAAAAGUUGUAUUUUGUGUUUUUAAAAACUGCUUCUGCUCAAAACUCAUUGGUGCUCACAGAAUAGUUUAGAGCUGACUAUAAUCACUCCCAACUACAGUUAUGUGAAAUUAAUACAAGAGUCUCUAGAAAUUCACAGCCAUGGUUAUAGAUUAUUCAAAACAAGGAAUAAUUGCUUGGCUCACCUACGGAAGUACAAUAGAUUGUUGUGUGUUAAUGACAGAUGGUAGAAGUAACGCCACUGUUGCUCUGCAAAGGGUCCAGCAAAAGUAGUGGAAGUCACUGAUCAACAAGCAAAAAAUAAACUCACAAUGCUACAAAUGAAUUUAUCAUGAUUCUGUGCAGGAACUUUCCUUGGCAUUUGGCCCUGCAAAACUCAUCCAUGCAAACUGUAAAAAUUUCUAAAUCAAAUGAAGCACAGGUUAUUUAUUAGCAUUCAAAGGAAAACGCUAACAAAUUUUUCAGACACCCAUCGAAACUUGGUUUAUAAGAGGGAAAAAACUACUUAAAAUAGGAGUUGCUGAUAGGCUUGUGAGAAGCCCAGGAGUCCAGCCAAAUUUCUUUUUCUGCAGGUUGGGCAAAAUGAAUGCAGAAAAACUUUUCCAGUUCAAAAUGUUCCAAGAUUUUGGCAGUACAGUGAGGCAUUCUUAAGCCAGAUAACACAUUCACUAUUAAAUGAUGUAUGAGCAUAUAAACGCAUUUUUUAGUACAGUUAAAUGUUAAAAUGCAUUUUUGAGUAGUAAACCGUGAUCCCAAAUGCUGAAUUUUGUUUUGUUCAGCCUAAGCAUGACUAUUUGCUGCUUAACUUAUUUCUACAUUUUUUCAGAAGAUAUAAUUCUUUGAGACCACAGACUAAUUGAGGUAUUUUCCAAUCCACCUGCCCCCCAUACUAUAAACUGUACCAUUUUUAACAGCCGUCUGUGAGUAGAAACACUUCCCACGUACCAGCAUAAGGAAUUAUGAUCUUUCAGAGAGAUUCAUGGAGAACAGGUCCACCAGUUAUUACUAAGGGGAACCUCCACAUGGGAGAACACUGAAAAGAAACUCCUUUGAGAUAUUUUGGAAUGAGUAAAAAAAUGCUUCUGAAGGCAAGGUUUUUCAUACUCAACAAGUGUAGCAUGAAAAAGUUUAAGGACAUUUGUUAGUUUCUCCAAUGGAACAGUUGGGAAAUUUGAGGGAGCGCUAAAAAAAAGCUUGUAUACUGUAGACAUAUACAAGAUUUUCAGGGUUUUUGGUUUAAAUGUAAUUCUGGCAACAAUGAAUAAGCUAUAAUAUGUUUAAUGAUUAUACAUUAUUAAAGAGUUCAGUGUUUUCAUUGAGUUCAUGUCCAAACAUGCUGUUAGUUCUACCUGUUGUGACUUGAUUAGAGUUUCUGUCCAAAUUAUAUGUUUUCUUUGGUUUACUACAAAAUUUGUUUUGUACCUUCAACUUUCAUUUUUUGCAUCAGAGAGGAAAGAAAAAAUGAAAAGAUAUGUGUGCUAGGGUGCAACAGCUUCCAACUCUUUCUGAAGUAUUGGGUAUACUUGCAGUUUUCAUUUUAGAAAAUGGCAAUAUUUAAACUCUUAAGUUCCAUAAAUAUGCUAAAUAAUGCAGUUAUAUAUGCUAAGUUAUAAAAGAUGUGUCUUACGUUGUUCAGUUAGUAAAAGAAGUUUUGGUUUCAUGGGCAAGUUAAAAUUGCAUAUGUUUCAAAUUUUUCACAAAAUUUCAGAGUUUCCCCCUGUGAGGCGGAGGACA